AUGCCUGCUGCGAAUGGCUCCCAACCUGCCCCAGGCCUGGCUGGCCGGCUGACCCGAGGCAGCAGGGUUACCUGGGCAGUGCAAGGCGCGGGCUGGGGCAGGGAUGCCUCUCGCUUGUCCCCGCGGAAGGCGCCUCCUCUCCUUCGACGGAGGGACCCGCCCAGCAGGGAGGAAGGACAGCAGAGACGGCCAGAGCCGCCGGCGGCCGGCCCGGCGCUAGGCAGGCGCGAGGAUGUGGCUCUAGCCACCCCCGAGCGAGCCCGCGGGCCUCGCGGUGGGCUUGGGCUAGCAGCCCAGCCCCUCCCGGCGCAAGGCGUGAUGCUAAGCCCUUUCUGGGCCGCCGACCAAGGCAGGACUUGUUUUGGUCUCUGCGCCGCGGAGCCAUUCCGGCUGGCAGGUAAGCGCCGGAGUCUCCAGCCCGGGUACCUGCGGGAGGCGAGAAGGGCGCAGGCCGGCAGCCGGCCGGGUGGAAUCGGAGCGCUCUUCUCCGCCCACCCUCCGACCAGGUUGGACGGCCUGAAAAUGGAGGAAACUCUCCAGGAGCCCCCGCCGCCGGCCUCCUUCUCUGUCCCGCUGCUGGGUAAAGCGGCCAGGCCGCGCUCGGUGUGCGAAGGCUGCCGCGGCAUCAUCUCGGAGCGGUUCCUGCUGCGCCUGAACGACCGCCUGUGGCACGAGCGCUGCGUGCGCUGCGCUUCCUGUCGGGAACCCCUGGAGAGCAGUUGCUUCUACCGGGAACAGAAGCUUUACUGCCGUCUGGACUACGAGAAGAUUUUUGCAGUGAAGUGCAACAACUGUUUGGAAGCAAUUACACCCAGCGAGUUUGUUAUGCGAGCUCAGAAAAGUGUGUACCACGUGGGCUGCUUCUGCUGUUGUGUCUGUGAGAAACAGCUUCAGAAGGGAGAUGAAUUUGUCCUUAAGGAAGGCCAACUGCUGUGCAGGAACGACUAUGAGAAGGAUCGUGAAAGGCUCAGCAUCGGGAGCCCAGCCCCAUCAAAUUCUGGUAAAAGUGAUGAUGAAACAAGCUUGUGCAAAAUGGAAGACACUGGGAAAGCGCCUGAGGAGAUCAGGGAUCAUAAACGGCCCAAGCGGCCCCGGACAAUCCUAACGACACAGCAACGCCGAGCAUUCAAAGCAUCAUUUGAAGUAUCGUCUAAGCCAUGUAGGAAGGUAAGAGAAACAUUAGCAGCUGAGACAGGUCUUAGUGUCCGAGUUGUACAGGUCUGGUUCCAGAAUCAAAGAGCUAAGAUGAAGAAACUAGCAAGGCGACAACAGCAGCAGCAGCAAGAUCAGCAAAACACACAAAGAUUCACUGCAGCUCAGACAAGCAAUGGCAACAGCACUAGCUUUGAAGGAAUCAUGAACUCAUACACAACCUUGCAACCAGCCUCACAACAAAUGUUGCUUAUUGAUCAUAGUGUUUACAACUCAGACUCCUUCCAGCAAGGACUUACUCCCCCACAGAUGCCAGGGGACCACAUGCACCCUUAUGGUUCUGAGCCCAUUUUCUGUGAGAUGGAUAGCGAUGACACCUCCUUCAGCAACCAGGGCAACUGUUUCUUAGCAACUACAGAACCUGGGCCCUUACAAUCAAGAGUGGGCAAUCCCAUUGACAACCUGUACUCGAUGCAUAGCUCCUACUUCACAUCUUGA